AUGUCAGUCUGGGGCGAUGAAGUGAUACGUUCCAGCUACGUCCCGACGUUGCCCCAUGCUCUUCGGCUGAGGGGAGGAAUACGCGGUCUGCUGGAGCCAGAGAGCUUUAGCUCAUUCGUCUCGGAAGGAGAAUUUGUGGAGGAUAUAAGCUCGGAUCACGUGGAAGAUCCGAUAGACUUGGAAGAAGACAAUGCUUGGAAGAAAAGAGAGUGGGCAACGAAGCUGUUGCCGGCAACACAAUCGAAGUCGAAGUUCGAUGGGUUGAAUCCGAAUAUGACGAUAGGGGAGUUUCUGUAUGAAGAGAAAAUCAAAAAGAAAAUGGCAGAAUAUGAGAAGUUGAAGCGCGAGCAAGAAAAAGAUAAUUUCCUGGAGAUGUUCUCACUAGAUUCAACAUCCGAUCAGUUCUGCGAGUGUCUAAAAGGAAGGAACGAAGAAAAGAAAGAGUCUUCAGGUUUCUAUGACUCCUGUGAAUUGAGAGACGAGAAAUUCACCAUUCCAACCUCUUGGGAAAUGACUGACAGCGAUCAACAAUUCAGCGAUGGAUACAGGAUGUUUUACAAUCUGACUCAGAUGGUCAAGCAGUACAAGAAUGACACAGACGAGGAAGAUGCUAUGCUCUCGAUGCAGAAGACGAUUCUUAAGCACUUAUGA